GCGAGGUGGCGUUGCCGGGCGGCAAGCGGGACGAGGGCGAUGCGGACGACAGUGACACGGCGCUGAGGGAGGCGGAGGAGGAGAUCGGGUUGCACCGCUCCCACGUGCGCGUCGUCACACACCUCGAGCCCUUCCUCUCCAAGCACCUGUUGACGGUGACGCCAGUGGUGGCGCUGCUGCCGCGCGGAUUCACCUUUGUGCCGCGCCCCAACGCCGACGAGGUGCAGGCCGUCUUCAGCGUGCCGCUCUCACUCUUCCUGCAG